AAGAUCUUGUCAGAUUGGGUUCGUGAUUAUGCCUGAUAAGAGUAUUAGAUCGAUCAUUUAUACCGCGCCUUCGGUAUCUAUAAAAUAUGGCAUUGCCAUGUAUUGAUCGCAUUGUUCGUUCCUGCAGGGUUCCAGUCAAAAACUGCCCGACAUGACGGAAAGAAACAGUGCUAUCCCAGGAUUACGCAAUGUCUCCCGUCGUCGAGAGACCAUAUUCCGGAAAUGCCAUGAGCUCAGCAAAUUUGGAGUCGGUGUUUGGGUCGUGAUCUGCACCGGGGCGCGCGACACAAUGUUUAAAUCAUCCAACACUGCGCUUUUCGAACAGCUGGGCCGCCAAAUGAUCGGGGCCUCCCGCCGGCCAGUAUGGAAGUACAGCAGUGACUAUGAUCGGCUACCGCGCGGAAACCGACCACUGCGAUUGAUUGACCGCCUCAGGUAGCGAAGCAGCAUACCAUAUGGAAGCUGGUACAGUCUACAGCAUCGUCUUAGCCCGAGCUAUGAAGAACUUGCUUCACUCCCAUCAUUAAGCGGCAACAAGCGUCCAACGUUGGCAGAAUGGGGUUUCCGCUGUGACACUGGCGAUGUGCGAGCGAAGUUAUCCAAGGAG